AUGAGAAAAAGAUCCCGUGCAAAAUUCACGAGGAAAUUCGAAGAAGAAGAAUCGUCCCAAGAGCUGGUGGAAGACAUCCUCCGCCGCCUCCCCGUGAAAUCCCUCAAGCGGUUCCGCGCCGUCGCGCGGUCGUGGCACUCCCUGAUCGACAACGAGCCCUUCGCCAAAUCCCACCUCCGCCGCUCCUUAUCCACCGCCUCCAACCGCCACCUCCUCAUCAGCCUCGAGUUCCUCGCCGUCGAUCUGGGCCAUCCCGACGGCGCCGUCCCCCUCCGCCCGCCGUUCUGUUACAGAACCUCCGAUGGGUUCUCCAAUUAUUGCAACGGCGUGUCCUCGCCAUGUGCGACCCGCCUGUUUUGUACAACCCUUUCUCGAGGGACCACAGGGUGCUCCCCAGCUGCCCCAUCGAGCACCGGGCCCCUCCGGAAUGCUACCCGCACACCGUAUACGGGUUGGGGUACGACCCGGCUGCCGACGAUUACAAGGUGGUUAGGGUUAUUGAGUUCCGACACGAAGGGAGCUACGCGUGGGUAUCAUCGGAGGCUAGGGUUUACAGUCUCCGGUCAAAUUGCUGGCGGAGGAUUGAAGAUUUCCCUUACCCACUCCCAUUUCUUGAUUGGUUCUGGCGCGUGCACGUCAGCGGAUCCCUUAAUACACUCGUCUUGGAUCCCCACGAAAAUGAAGGUGUGGUGGCCGUUGGCCCUCCGGCGAGAUUUCCUUAGCCCAUUGGUUUAUUCGGCGGAUGGCGAUAAAGUUUUGUUGAGCUGCAAUGAUUUUAAGCUCGUUUGGUUCGAUUCGAAGGAAAAGAGUGUUUGUGAUGUCGAUGUUCAGGGUUUGCCUUACAGGUUUUACGCUGAGGUUUGUAUCGAGAGCCUUAUUAGGCUCAGCGAGCAGGGGAAAGAGACAAAGAGGAUAAGGGGAAAAAAGGAGAAGAUAGGAAAGAAAAGGGAUGAUUUCUUGUCUGAAGGAUUCAAUUUGGUGCUCUAA